AUGGAAGGCACCUGGUUUGCCCUGCUCAACGCCGCGCUAUUUGUGAUGCAAGCUGUCGUGAAUAUCGUGUAUGCCAAGCAGUUCGUGACGGUAGCACGCGAUUACGAAACGCUCAUCACUCCUGCGAGUUAUGCCUUGAUGAUGUGGAUUCUCGUCUACGCGUUGGAAGCUGCGCUUGUCAUUGUCGACGUCUUCGCACCACGGUACUCGAUGUUCGCCGACGCCAACCAGCCAGCCCAGCUACGCUUAUGUUUUGGCGCGACAUGCAUCCUCAACACAAUCUGGGUCUUCUUGUAUGUGUCAGGACACGUGUACGCCUCGACUGUGAUCAUUUUCGCGUUGUGGUUGGCACUAUUGGUGCUCUAUGUUUACGCCGUUAACGAUCGAAACGCGCGCGAUACUGGGCCAUUUGACUGGAUCCUCUACCUGUGCAACGAACUUCCCAUUUCGGUGUACUUUGCGUGGGUCACGACCGUUGCCUUCACAGAGCUCGCAAAGUCCAUGCAACAUUCAAACCAGAGUUUCGUACAUGUCACCACUUACGUCUCAUUCCUCUGCGUUGUCAUCGUGCUGGGACUGCUGACUGCGCGAUACGCGCAAGAUCUGGUCGCGGGUCUUGUCAUUAUCUGGUAUCUCAUCGCAGUUUCGGUCAAGCACGUGUAUUUUCCAGCAUCGGUACAGUGCACGGAUACCACUGUCCGUGCGUGUGCUGGCGAGGGUGCAGCGAUAAUUGCGGCGGUGCUGGUAAUUAACUUUUGUCAAUCGCUUAUGGAAGACAGGUAA